GGGGCGAAGAAGGGGGAUGGGUGAAGAAGAGAAAAAUACGUGACAAAGAAAACAUUCUCUGCCUGGGAGGAGACUCACAGAGGGUGUAGAGCUGGAGGGAGCAUUCACUGGCCAUGCCAGUCCUUACCACUGAUGCUGAGUCAGAAACAGGUAUCCCAAAAUCCCUUUCCAAUGAGCCUCCCUCAGAAACCAUGGAGGAAAUAGAGCACACAUGCCCACAGCCUCGACUGACCCUGACUGCACCUGCCCCGUUUGCCGAUGAAACCAGCUGCCAGUGCCAAGCACCCCAUGAAAAAUUGACCAUUGCUCAGGCCCGCUUAGGAACUCCAGUUGACAGGCCUGUCAGAGUCUACGCGGAUGGAAUAUUUGACCUCUUCCAUUCUGGUCAUGCAAGGGCACUGAUGCAAGCAAAAACACUGUUUCCCAACAGCUACUUGUUGGUUGGAGUUUGCAGUGAUGACCUCACCCACAAAUUCAAAGGUUUCACUGUGAUGAACGAAGCAGAGAGAUAUGAAGCUCUCAGACACUGUCGCUAUGUGGAUGAAGUCAUUAGAGAUGCUCCGUGGACACUCACUCCAGAGUUUCUGGAAAAACACAAGAUUGACUUUGUGGCCCAUGAUGACAUUCCCUACUCUUCUGCUGGUUCUGAUGAUGUUUACAAGCAUAUAAAGGAAGCAGGAAUGUUUGUUCCAACUCAGAGAACGGAAGGCAUCUCAACAUCAGACAUCAUCACCAGAAUCGUCCGUGACUAUGAUGUUUAUGCCCGACGCAACCUCCAGAGAGGGUACACAGCCAAGGAGCUAAAUGUCAGCUUUAUAAAUGAAAAGAAGUACCGCUUCCAAAACCAGGUAGACAAGAUGAAGGAAAAGGUCAAGAAUGUGGAGGAAAGGUCAAAGGAAUUUGUCAACAGAGUGGAAGAAAAGAGUCAUGAUCUAAUUCAGAAGUGGGAAGAGAAGUCGAGGGAAUUCAUUGGCAACUUCCUAGAGCUGUUUGGGCCUGACGGCGCAUGGAAGCAGAUGUUCCAGGAGAGGAGUAGCCGGAUGCUGCAGGCCUUGUCCCCGAAGCAGAGCCCUGUGAGCAGCCCCACCAGGAGCCGGUCCCCCUCCCGCUCCCCGUCGCCCACCUUCACGUGGCUCCCGAACAAAACCUCACCCCCCUCCUCGCCCAAAGCAGCCUCGGCCUCCAUCAGCAGCAUGAGUGAGGGAGAUGAGGAUGAGAAGUAAAGGCUGCCAGCAGACAGCAAGGGCCGCACCACACAGGCUUGGGCGAGGGUGGGGUCACCGCGUGUGCCCGGGUGGGGCUGGAAGGGUGACGGUCGCAGGAGCUGCAGCUCAGCCGAGGGAAGGCCUGGGGACCAGCUCUCCCUCAGUCUCCACUCAGCCUAAGACUUGGGCUCUGCAUGGAGGUUUCCAGCCAGACAACCUUUACAAACCUUCUUAGCAGCAUCUAGAAUCACUCUACUUUAACCUUGCUAAGGAAAGAUGCAGGGCACCCCCAGGAGAUUUGCACUGAGUCGGGUGUCUUCUGCUUUGGUCCUUACACCCACCCCUACCAAGUCCGCCACCCAUGGAAGCGGCUGUUCCCUAAAUCUGCUACUUCCAGCUCAUAAGGGCCCUGCACGUUGCCUCCUACCACCCAAGCUCUGCCAGAAUAAAGUUGUUCCCGAUAGAGGUGGCAAAGUGCUUCUGAAAUAGUCAAGUGAAAGAUCAAUUCCAAUCUUCUCAGUUUAGCCACUGAGACCUGAUAUUGCAAAUUCUUUGCAGUUCUAGAAAUGUGGUGCAUAGACAAAGACAUGCUUUAGGCCAGAUAUAUAGAAGGUCAUCUAGGAUGAACCUUAACUUCUUAUUUAGAGGACAGUUCUGUCAAAGAGAACACCACAGAAGGCCUAAUAUGUUCCUGGUUGUACUUUUCAUCAUUGGUUUGACUUCAUGGUUUCCAGAAAUUACCUUAAUCUGUGGGAAAUGCAACAAAGAAAAACAUUUUAUAUGUGUGUAUUUAUAUAUGGUUAUAUAUAUAUAUAUGUAUGUAUGUAUGUAUAUAUAUAAAGAGGAGCUGCUUUGCUUUGGCUCUGAGUUUAGCAGAUGGUAAAUGUCGCCUGGAGCUUCUCCUUAAAAGAUGUUAACUCUGGAAUGGCUUUUCCCAUUUCUGAGCAGUUAACAAUUUCAUAGACCUCAAGUACAGUUUGACGUACCAAACCACAUAGCACGUAUCUGUUCUCUGUAUGCUCCAAGUAUGCUAUCCAGGGUGUAUACCCUAUGCAAUAUGAACAUAUGGUGGUAGCCUUUUACAGUAUACGCUCCUGCUCUCACCCUAAUCCCCCGCUGAAAUCCUUGGUCUAAAGGACUACCUGGUUCCCUUGUGACUUGGGCACUUUGUCAAAAACUCAUCCUGGAUUCCUGUAGAAAUGUCUUGUCCCAACCAGGAAACGAGUAUGUUGUUCUCAUGGCCUCCCAUCGUGUUUUUUGGCUAGAGGGAGGCUCUGAAGAGUUUCCCAGAGCACUGUGGGAACCUCAGUUUGAUCUCAGCAUUGAAAUGGUCUACGUGGUUGUAUAGUUAUCCCCAGCCCUAGGUUUGCCAAAUGGGCCGAAGAGCCUCAGCACUGCUGUUGAGUUGUUUGACCUUACUGUCCGCUAACGACAGGGAGAAUAGCCACAGGUAGAGUCAGGGCGGAGAACCACACUCCUAGGUAGAUGAGGCAUUGCCUGUCUGUGCCAGGAAAGCCAGAGGGAGAGCUGGAGCCUGACUGAGCAGAGGCCCAAACCAGCAAUUUGUGGGCAGAGCUCAGCAUCUCCUGUGACAGAAGCACCCCUUUUCAGAGGCCUUGGGAACCAGCCUUUCUGGGUGACACGUGGGGCAACCAAUGAAGGAAGGUGGCACGUCUUUCCCCCUUGUGUCGGGGUUGAACUACCUCCCUGGCCACCUGGACAUAAGUGGUGUUUACUGGGAAGCGAAACCACGAGGCUGAGCUGGCUUGGAACACCCUUGUUCCUGGCACGCUCUCUCCAGGGUUCUCUUGAGCAUUCACGUGGGACAAAGAGCUGGCGGGAACGUGGCACGCGAGAAGGAAGCUUUCUGUAGCCAAGACCUAGAGCACUGCUCUGCAGAGGGAACCAGGUCCCAGUUUUGCAUUAUGCCCUUCUGCUCGUUCCAGCUGGUUGACACUUGGGGCAGUGCAAGGAUAAGCACAGCCAGGCAGGGCGAGGUGGGGAGAACAAGGGCAGAAAAAAGGAGCAAAGAGGGGCCUGGAGAGAGGGAAGGCCAUUAUCGAAAAUCUGUGCUCUCAACCCGUUGCUGGACCUCGCCGGGUAGGGGCAACUAUUUUGGGAAGGCCUUUUAUGUGCUUAUUCCAUGGCCCAAGGCAGACAGAGUCGCUCUUACUUGAAUUGUGCUCUGAAGCAAAUAACGUGGGGCUCUACCAGGCUGAUUCUGUGCUUGCAGGCCUUCCACACCGUACUGACAGGUGUUCCUUGUGUGACUCAGACUCAGUGCCGUCACAGCUGCCAGUGAUGGCACGUGACCAACACCUGGUUCAUUCCAGGGACGGGCUGAAACCGCGCACAAACCGUUCUAAAUCUCACCUUAUGUCCCCACCCUGUCCUCUAACAAUCCCUCCCCGCUGUCCUGAGGCUAUGAGACUACUGAGAAGGAAUGGGCGCAGGAUUCUGCAAGCCAACCUGUAACACUCCUGGCCAUCGGCGUCUUCCAGCUCCCCCUUUCCAGGAGGAGAUGGGGGUGCCCUUCGUUUGGGUCAACCGGUUGACAGUCAUGGCCACAAGUGAGUCAGGGCUGGAGUGAGAGAUGUACAAUCCUGUGCAGCCUUAAGAGGCAAGCAGAAGUGACAGGAAGCAAGGAAGUGUCCCUUCUGCCCUAGAAAGGGAAGGAAGCUUUCGACCGAGGACUGCAGAGCAGUACUGAGGGUUGCAGAAGGAGAGGAGGGGGCAGGUGAGGAAGACGGGUGGGCAGCAACGGGCUGGAGGGGAGGGUGUGGGGGAGCAGGGCCUUUCUGCUCCCUUUCAAAGUGUCACU